AUGAUAUGGACUUCCUGCAGGGAUUCAUAUUGCAAACCUGAAGACUCUCUCUACCAUUCAAAUCCAAUCAAAGAUGGUACAGAUUCUGUUGGUGGAACUGGGAUCAAGAUUCAAUUGCGUCAGCCUCGAAAUCGACAAAUUUCAGGAACAGCACACGGAACCGCCUCCAGGAGAAUUCAUCUGUUGAUGGAACGUGGACCACAGUCUAUAUGUACUGACAAGUCUGUAGAUGACAGCAGCACAGAAGGACAAGAUUCAGCAGUUAUGGAGGCUGGCAAAGAUAUUGACAGAACUUCCAAGGUUCCUGAGCCAGAGGGAAGAAUUCCCAAUGAGAAAAUGGAUACUGCUCAAACAUGUAAUUCACGACUUCAGUUGUUAACAGAACAUGGUAAUGAAAAUGGCUGUGCAAAGAUGGGAUCGUUUGUGUUAUCAAAGUCAUUGUUUGCUCCUAGGGGCGCACAUCAUUUGACCGUGUAUGCUGUCUGCUCGUAUCUAAUUAUAAUCAUGUCCAUAGUUUUCCUUGGGUUAUGGAAAUGGCCGAGUUUGCAUUCUGUGCAUAGUUAA